GUCAGAACGAUAAAAUUUGAUAAUAUUAGUAGUGACAAAACAAGUAGAUCCUGUAUUGGAAACGCGUUUAAUAAAUUUAGCUACUUAAAAGUUUUUAUGUAAAAAAAACUUUAAAAAAUUUAUUGGCAAUAUGGCGUCAGCAGAUCCAAUGGGGUUGAGUAAAACUUGGGAACUCUCACUAUAUGAGCUACACAGAACACCACAGGAAGCUAUAACUGACAGUACAGAAAUUGCUGUAUCCCCUCGAAGUUUACAUAGUGAGCUUAUGUGUCCUAUAUGUUUAGACAUGCUGAAAAAGACAAUGACUACUAAAGAAUGUCUUCACAGGUUUUGCUCAGAUUGUAUUGUAACUGCACUAAGAUCAGGAAAUAAAGAAUGUCCUACUUGCAGGAAGAAACUUGUAUCAAAACGAUCAUUACGGCCUGAUCCAAAUUUUGAUUUACUAAUUUCCAAAAUAUACCCUAGUCGAGAUGAAUAUGAAGCACAUCAAACUAGAGUAUUAGAAAAACUAAAUAAAAGUCAUAGUCAAGCUAAUUUAGUUCAAUCAAUCAAUGAAGGAAUAAAAAUUCAAACUCAAAAUCGCCUUCAACGCACAAAAAAAAAUCAACAAGAUGAACAAAAUGAAAGUAGUUCAACUUCGACUCCAAAGCCUCCUUCUAAUAGUGCAGGCCCUGUUAAAGACAAUGUUACUAGAACUGUAGUUCAAGCAAGAGUAGCUAAGAAAAUUAAAUCUGUGAUGAUAUCUGAAAAUGAUGGACCAGCAUCUUCAUCUAUAGAUAGAUCAGAUAUAACCGAAGGGGAUAGUUCAUCAAGAGGUACAACAUUGGAUGAAAUCGAAUUGGUAUUUAAACCUCAUCCAACUGAAAUGGGAAGUGAUAAUCAAUUAAUUAAAGUUCUCAAAGAAAAUUCCAUACGAUAUAUUAAAACUACAGCUAAUGCUACUGUUGAUCAUUUAAGUAAAUAUUUAGCUAUGAGAUUAACAUUGGACAUUGGUUCAGAACUACCAGACCGAGCACUUAAUUUUAUGAUUUAUGUUGCACCAAGCGCAGGUCAAUUUGUUCCAUUAAAUGGUAAUCAGACAUUACGACAAGUUCAUGACAAAUUUUGGAAGGUUAAUAAACCAUUAGAAAUGUUUUACUCUUUUAAUUAGUUAAAAAAUAUUUAUUCAUUAAAAUAAACAAUUUGUCUUACAGAUUUUUUUUAAUCUGAUGUAUACUUCAAUUGAUUUUUAUUUAUACUAUUAAAUUUAAUGUUUUAACUUAGGUGUGUUAUAACUCUUGUAAUAAAAAAAAUAUUUUUAGCUUAAAAUUA